AUGACUUACAAAGAGUGGCAUGAAGCCCUUGGACAUCCAUCGCCGCAGUACCUCAAAGCUGACCACUACUCCGACUCUCCCGCUAUUCCUACCGUUCCAAAAGACUGGCAAUGCGAAACCUGCAUCACCUCCAAGUCAACUAAGUCAAAACCCAAAUCAACUGAGAAACGAUGUGACACACCUUUCGAGUUAAUUCACUCCGACCUUAGCGGACGAUUCUCGAAACCCUCCUUUGGCAACUCCUGGUACUAUGUCACCUUCAUCGAUGACAAUACACGCUAUGCAUGGAUCUACACCAUAAAAGCGAAGUCCGACACGGUAAAAGUGUUCGAACAGUUCAUCAACGAAAGAACAACCCAGGAUUCCACCACCAUCAAAAGAUUCCGUACCGAUAACGGAGGCGAGUAUAUCAAUGACAAGAUGCUUACCCUUUUUCAGAAGCAUGGAAUUGUGCAUGAUAAGACCCCUCCUUACUCACACGAAUCUAAUGGUGUUGCCGAACGGUACACCAUACCAUCAUCACAUCGACACGCUCUAUGUUGACUGGACUUACCCUUAGCCUUUGGGCCGAAGCAGUCUCCACCGCCGUCUACCUUAGGAACAGACUCCCUAACCAAGCUAUAGGAAACUCAACGCCCUAUGAAGCUAUCUACAAAACAAAGCCGUUGAUCAACCACUUGCGCCCAUACGGGACCAAAUGCUACGUCCAUAUACCAGAGGAGAAAAGAAAACCGGGAACGAAGCUACAGCCCCGGGCCUUAGAAGGAUAUCUUGUCGGUUAUACCUCCUCCGACAAAAUAUACCGGAUAUAUAUACCAUCGCAACAUCGAAUCUCCGAAACAAGACAAAUCCAUUGGACAACCAAGACAAUUAUACCCCUUGACCCAACUGGACC